GAUCGGAACACGCAGUAGAUGUAGUACCUACAUCCGGUCUUCUCGCUCGGCGCGGACAAACUCAGGAAAAUUCCGAGGCAAAAAGAUCCGAGGAGGUCUCAAAAAGAACAAGACCAUUAAACAACAGAAAAAACGUCGGUCUGACACAUCAGCAACAACAACUACAUAUUCAUAUCGAAAGAGAUUACGAUUGGCAAAAGGUCGUUCAAACUCAUCGGAAUAAUCUGAUCUCUGGAACGAGAUUUCGAUCCUCACAAACUGUCACCGGGAGUUACUUUGAGGAAUGGAGUUGUCUCAGAGGGACAGAGUCUCUGAGCUUGUGGAAGAGCUUACAACAUCUGGACAGCUGCAGCUAAACAAGGAACAAAUGAAGAAACUCAAGAAUAUUUGCAAGGAAUCUAACGACUGCAUCAAUCAUGUCUACCGCUCACUAAUGUCCCAGCUCACCCAAAACCAUGCCGACAUCCGUCUUGCAGCCCUUAUGAUAGCCAGCGACCUUUUCCCCAAAUCACAUCACUUCCGAACACUCCUGGUGGAGAACUUCCAGGAGUUCUUGGAGUUGACAGUAGAGACUAACUUUGAGCGGCCCCUGCCCCCUCCUCAACUUGUAGCCAGGAAACUGCGGUCACUUGCUGUCCAGACUAUCCAGUCCUGGCAAUCCUCUUAUGGGUCAGCAUAUAAAAAGUUGGAACUAGGCUAUCAUUUUCUCAAACAGUUUAAAAAGGUAGACUUUCAGGAAGCUGAGGCCAGGACAGUGCCUGAGCGGGAAAGACAGACUGAGAGACAAAAGAAAAUGCAGAGGAUAUACGAUGAGAAACUGAACGCAGCCAUUAGAGACUUGGAGGACUGUUCCCCGGAUAUUGAGAUGGCACUGAGAGAAUUAGACUCCUGUUUGAAGCUGCUUUUUCCUCAGUUCACACUUCAAGACAGCCUCACAACUAACAGCUGCCACCUCACACAAACAAACACUGGAUGUUUGUCAGAUGAUGAAAGUCCCUGCUGUAGCAAAAACUUGAUAAAUGACAGAACAGAGAAGAUACAAGAGAGCAAAGAGAGGGUGACAAAAGAAGAAAAUGACAGAGACAAUAAAGACAAGCGUGAGGAGAAAGAAAUAAAGAAAAAGAAGCAGAAAAGGUGGGAAAGUGAAGAACUGAAGAUGCGAAACAACCAGAAAAAAGGAGAGCUUGAAGUAGAACAAAGUCAUACGAUAAAACAUGAGGCCAAGGGCAGAUGUGAAGCAGAAGAGCAUGACCUUCUUCAUGUAGACUGUUUUAUUCAAAACUCUGGCCUUUUGUCCCGCUCGUAUCGUCUGGACUUGAACCUUAGUCCUGGUUUUCAUGUAGAGGAGACGGAGGAUAAUGAAGCUGUAGUUUCUACGUUGUUCGAUCUACGAAGACUACUAAUUACCAAGCACCUACCUGCUGUACGGCAUUGGGUUCAGGUCUUCACCAAGUCUGGUGCUAAUCAGCACCUCUUGAGAAGAGCACUGGAUCUUAGAAUUUCCCUGGAAUGUUCUCUGCUGAAACUGAGCGAGUUGAACAUUGACUCGAAGAGUGGAGUAAACAAAAUGGCCUCAUCAGAUGAAGAGGAUGAUGAUGAUGAUGAUUGCAGUGAUUUUAUUGUGGUACCAGAAAAAGGAUGCAAGUCACAUCAAAAUAAUCUACAAAUGGAAAAUGACUGGCAUGAUGCAGGUCUAGUUCGAGACAUUGAAGUUGAAACAGGGCAAAACCUAGGAUCUGAUGGAAUGGAUAAAUGGGGUAAAAGAAAGAAGAAUAAAUAUCCCAACCUCAGCAAUCUCAAGGACCGCGCCAACACAUCACGAGCUCGGCUUGAGAAGCGAAUAUUCAACAAGAGUGCCGUGCGCAGAGUUGCUCAGAUGAUGACCAAAGUUGACAGCAAAAAACAUGAAAAGUUUUCCAACCAGUUCAACUAUGCGCUCAAUUGACUUUCAUUUUUUUUUCAUUAAAUGUAUCAUCAAUAACUGUACUACAUAAUUUUGGUUAUCUACUAAUUUUACAAAAUAUCUUGAGAAGCAGCUGCUGGUGACCUUCUACCGAACAACCAUUGAGAGCAUCCUAGUGUACUCCAUGACGGUGUGAUACGAUGCGUGCACCGUCGCGAACAGGAGAGCGAUGCAGAGAGUGAUUAACACCGCUCAGAGUAUCACGGGCUGCCCUCUCCCCUCCCUGGAAGAUAGCGCCAACAUCAGCGACCUCAGCAGAGAGACCAACAUUGCCGCGGACCCAACAUACCCCGAACAUCAUAUCUUCGAACUAUUGCCCUCAGGACGACAUUAUAAAAUUCACAAAACCCGCACAAACAGACUCGAGAACAGCUUCUUCCCCAGAGCUAUAAGUGCGCUGAACAACAGCAAAAAACAAAUAAACCAAAAAUAACCACUG